CCCGAACCGCCCCGUCCCACUCCAUGUGGGGCCGCUCCUCGUCCACAGCCUCCUCAUCCUUCUACUAUGGCCCGGAAAACAGUUAGCAGGAAGCGGAAAGCGGCGGCGGCUGCCGCCGCGGGGACCGGGGGACUCCAAGGGGAGCAGUACGGGUGGGAUCACUCUGUUAACAAAAGGAAAAGGCUCCCGCCGGUGAAAAGGUCUCUAGUGUACUACGUGAAAGGGAGAGAGGUCCGGAUGCACAAUGAGUCCAGCUACCACCGCUUGUUGCAUGGAUACGCGGCCCAGCAGCUCCCAAGCCUCCUGAAGGAGAGGGAAUUUCACCUCGGAACACUCAAUAAAGUGUUUGCCUCCCAGUGGCUAAACCACCGACAAGUGGUGUGCGGGACAAAAUGCAACACGUUAUUUGUAGUAGAUGUCCAGACUGGUCAAAUUACCAAGAUUCCUAUCCUGAAGGAUCGUGAGCCUGGCAUGGUGAACCAGCAGGGAUGUGGCAUUCAUGCCAUUGAGAUCAACCCCUCGAGGACCCUCCUGGCCACAGGUGGAGACAACCCCAACAGUCUUGCAAUUUAUCGUCUGCCUACACUUGAUCCUGUCUGUGUGGGAGAUGAUGGACACAAGGACUGGAUUUUUUCAAUUGCAUGGAUCAGUGAUACUAUGGCUGUUUCUGGUUCCCGGGAUGGUUCGAUGGGUCUCUGGGAAGUCACAGAGGAUGUGUUAUCCAAAAGUGAUGCCAGGCAUAAUCUCUCUCAAGUUCCUGUCUAUGCCCACAUAACACACAGUGCUCUGAAGGAUAUCCCCAAGGAGAACACCAAUCCUGACAAUUGCAAAGUCCGAGCACUGGCUUUCAACAAUAAGAACAAGGAGUUGGGAGCUGUGUCCCUGGAUGGGUAUUUUCAUCUUUGGAAAGCAGAGCACACGCUAUCAAAGUUACUUUCCACAAAGUUGCCAUACUGCAGGGAGAACGUGUGUUUGGCUUAUGGUCAGGAGUGGUCAGUGUAUGCAGUAGGAUCACAGGCACAUGUUUCUUUUCUGGAUCCAAGGCAGCCUUCUCACAAUGUUAAAUCCGUCUGUUCCAAAGAACGAGGCAGCGGUAUCCGCUCAGUGAGCUUCUACGAGCACAUCAUCACUGUGGGGACAGGGCAAGGGUCCUUGUUGUUUUAUGAUAUCAGAGCCCAGAGGUUCCUGGAAGAAAAGCCCCCCCGUGCCUGCUAUGGGCAGAAGCAGAAAUUAGGAGGAAGUGAAAUUUUGAAGUUGACAACUGGGAAAGGCUGGCUGAACCAUGAUGAAACCUGGAGGAAUUACUUUUCUGACAUAAAUUACUUCCCCAAUGCUGUUUACACCCACUGCUACGACUCGUCUGGAACGAAACUGUUUGUGGCAGGAGGCCCUCUUCCAUCAGGACUUCAUGGGAAUUAUGCUGGUCUCUGGAGCUAAUGAUAACUGUUCAUUCUGAUGCUGAUCUUUACACAGAUUUCCACUUUUCAUUUUUUAAACAACAAAAUUGUGUGAUGCCAUUGAUUCCUGAUCUAAACACAAGUUAUUUUUUUGGCAGAGUUUUCUGUUGGUCUCCAACAGUUUUGUACAUCUUUUUGAACUAGUUUUUUGCUUUAACCUCCUUUAUCCUUUAUAUGGAGGGGUUUUGAAGUCCUUUUUUAUUGUAUUUACUCCAAAUGACUCUUCCCUCCAUUUAGGCUGGCUUGGCCAUGUGUCCCCUCCUCUACUUUGCUGUGAGGUAGGAUUUCUUUCUUAUAGAGUGGUUGCUCCUGAGCUUUCUGUGAAAGUCUUGGGGCUGCAUGUGUGCAGGUACUUUGUGUCAGUUACAUUACCUGGAGUGAGGACUACUUGUAAUUAAAAACUAUUAAAAAUAUUUAUAAGAGAUAAGCUACUACUUUAUCUGGAGAGCCUGGCCCUGGCCUGGGCUGAUCAUAUUUUUUAAAAGUACAAGUCUAAUGACACUGUUUUUACAUAGAGGGAUUUUAAUCCAUCCCUGGAGCCCAGGGAUGGAUUCCUUAGGGGUAUUGACCAUCAGAUCCGAAAUGCAGGAGUUCUUAAAAAUGCAUUUGUGUUUGAAUAGUAGUUUUCAGCAGUGCUAGGAGCAAAAAUUGGUCUGUUUCUUCACUGCCCAUCCCAGGUAUCAGCUUGCACAACUGGAGUUUGUAUAGGCUGUUCUGCAGGGUGACAUUACAUUGAGGGCUGCAGAGAUGCUGAGAGGAAAUGGAGGCUAGAUAUUCAAAUUAACUAAAUCUAUCUGUUCUCCAGAUGAGAAAUGGUUUCUAAGUAUGCUUGUUAGGGUAGCUUAAAAUCUCUUCGUAAACUGCCUAAAACCUUGGACCUUUUUUAUCCCAGGUUGUGGAAAUUUUUCCCCUUUUUGCUGUUCUGGUUGGCCAUCUGCUCAAAGAAGCCAAUGGAAUAAAUAAAGUAUUUUUUUCACCCAGAUUAAAGAGUGCAUCUCAGACUUUACUAAUACAAGUGAGCAGCUUUCUGCAUAGGGAGGGUAUCUUGGUGUUCCCUCACUUUGCGCUAGCAUAUGCUUAGGAGAGGCUCAGGCUUUUCCAGAAUCCCCUGCUGCCUUCUGUGUUCAGACUCCCUCCAACUUCAUCUGGCACUGGGAGGGGAGAACAGAUCCAGUGCCCAUCAGGUCCAGCUGCGAAGUGUGUGCCUCCCAGGGUGAUGGUCUUACCAAUACUCAGCUAAAAUAUAAGACUCCAAGGUGCUCCUCCUUUUGGCAGGCACCAGACUCUCAGCUUGUUAGUGAUGCCUCUGCUCUCUGCUGGAAUUAAUGCCUUUCCCCUGACAUUGGUGGAGCAAAGUGUGCCUGUGCCUCACAGCUUUGGUGCCACAUUGUUGAAAGCGAAGGGAGACGACCCAUCUUUGUUGUUGAUCAGCAUCGACUCUGAUUUAUUGAUCAAAUCAGCCACUUUUUAUAAUAGUGUUAAUUAACUUCAUGCACAUUGCAAAAUCCGAGCUCACGAUAGGUUACAGAGAAAACUCUAACCCCUCCUUUUGUUUACAAUACCCGUAGUUGUUAUUGAAACCAAAAUUAGUGUUCUCACUGUGAUAUGAAAAGUUCUCAAAACCUUCAUAUCUGUUCUCAAAACCUUCAUAUCUGUUCCCAGAGCAGCCAAGGACUGUUAUGAGAAGACUGUCUGAGAAUCCUGCUGUUUAUAAAAAAGGUGCCUGAGAACCUAGUUAUUUACAAAAUCAAGCCUGCAAACUGCUGCUUUACAGCUGCCUUUUACUUUCCCAUCAGCUGUCUGCCUUCAUGGCCUCUUUCUUUAAGCCAUGCUUGAACCAGGCUCUCCACACCACAUGAGCAGUUGAUCAAACUGAGAGAAAAGACAAGGCUGGGACAUGCUCUGUUCUCCCAUCUCUAUGAGAGAUCAUAGCUACCACUGCAGUUACUGGCCACAACCCAGAGCUAAUCUGCAUUUAUCUUUACAGUCUCUCUCAUCUUCAAACUAGUAUCUUCAUCAGUAACCCCAAGCAGUCAGCAAAAGGCUUAAGUUCCUACUGGUAUGGAGACCUGGAUAGAAAUCCUACAAGGAGUGGGCAAGUCCCUCUCAUUGGGGUGGAAAUCCUGGCAAGAGAACUCUCUCCCAGGUGUGCACCUGUCCCAGAGGUACAAUUAGCACUGAGCAUUAAUACAGGUGCUUCACAAGCAGAUCUUCCAGUGUUUGAUAAUACCAUUGUGGCCUGGUUGCAUAAACUGCAUCAGUUCAAGGUACUGUGUGUGUGGCUAGACAGGCUUUUUUCUGAAAAGGUAAAAUUAUAUACCAUGAGGUAGCUGCUUUGGUUAUUUUAGGGGCUUAGAAAAGUGGAAAUAUAUGAAGAAAAACAAGUCUUGGAGAAGAAUGGCAGGAUUUUUGUCCUUACGGCUACUGGGUAAGAUAAUUCUGUCACAAGAAAUAUGUUUUGCUUUGGUUUGUUUGUUUUUUAAAUUUGGUUUGGUUUGAAGUUUUUUGCUUUGUUUUUUUAAAGAAGCUAGAUACUUGAGUCUACCUGAGUGUCCUCCAGUUCUGCUGAAGCAACAGGUAAUAUCUGGGCAUUUAGUAUCAGCAGUGCUAAAGGGGGACUCCUUGUCUGGAAAUUCUAGCCCUGGUGUUGAUCUAUUAAUUGAAGCAUAUUUUAGGCCAUGAUAGGAGGAAAAAUAGUACGUGUGUGGCCUUUAAACAAAAAGGCUGAUUUUUCUGCAGUCUCUAGGUUACUGAAGAGGCACCACUGGAAAUUGCCCCUCCCUACUGACUGAUCUCCACAAGUACCUCAAUAUGUGUUCCUAAAUCCUGGUAAUGUGAGUGCACUUUUCUCCUUUUUUUUCUUCAUAGAAGGCUCUGCACAAUUCUCAGAUUAAUCUGGAAAAAGAUGUAAAAUGUCUCAAGUCUCACAUGCUUUUGUGUAUUCUGUUUUCAGGGUGCUUUCUUGCAAAAAUAACUUCUCACAGUAAGGGAGCCAUCCUUGUUCUGUAUAGAAAUCCCCACAAAAAAACUAGGAACCAAACCAGAUAGUGCUGCAAGCACAUAAACAAUUUGGACUAGAGAUAACUUAAUUUUUAGCUAGUUUCAGUGGUUUUAAAUGCUUACAGCAAUAUAGGUAUUAAGUUUCAAAAUAUUUCUGUGGUUUGUCAUACAAAACUUUUGUUCCAAUCACUGUUAGAAACGGAGGCAUAGAAAGAUGAUGAUGAUAUGCCAAUUGCCCAAACAUAAGUAAUAGGAGAAAAACUGAAUUUUUUGUACUUUGAUUUUUGUUGCCCUGUUGGGUUAGGUAUCUGCUGAUCAUGGUUAGAAGUGAGUGGGUUUCCCAUCCAAGUGCAGGAAUGGCUGCAGAACAAGGAGCUUCCAGGCUCUGCAGAGAGGCAAGUUGAGUACCUUACUGUUCAAAAGCCAGAUAUAUCCCUUCUAUGGAGUCAAUCUGGUGACUGCACUUCAGUAGCUUCUGGAAUAGCUUGCUGUGCACUGCUGAGAGCUAAUGACAUGCAUAUAAUCAGACCAUCUUAUCUUUUCUACUGUUUCUUCACGAUUUCCCUCCCUUGGUCUUUCCUGCUGAAUGCUUUGUUUGAGGUUGCCUCCUCCAACCCAAAUCACACCAGUCUUUGCUGUAGCAAUAUUGUCCUUGCAGAGGUGACCUCUACUGAGCAGGAACAGGCUUCCUGGCAUUUUGUCAGCCUGUGCUCAAGACCUUCAAUUUGCUUUAGUUUAACUAGGUAUAAGUUAAAGGCUGGCUCAGACUGUUGAACGGGGCAGUAGCCCUUGUACAUGUUGGACUGAAAUGAUUACAUAAUAGCAGUGUGUUCCACAUGGGCAACAUACUCUGGUUUAUCUCUCUUGAAGGAGAGAACUUUUAGCAUAACAUGCCUUCAGAGUGGUUGCUAUUGAGUUCUCAGUCAUGUGAGAUCUUGUGUGCUACCAGUAAGUUUAGGAGACUACCAUAUUAAUGUAGAUAUUUUUGGGUAUUACAUUUUCAGCAUUCAUGAUAGGUAAUCAAACUAGUGACUCAGUAGUGGAUUUCUUAAUACCUAGCUUGUAAAUACUGAUUAGCAACUCCUCAGUAACAGCUGGAUGGUGUGUCAUGGGACAUUACUGAGGAAUCAGAAGCUAUUUUGCAUGUUGGCUUGAGCACAGUAACAAGGGUUAUGCUCACCCUCUUCACUAAACACCUUAUUCCUGUAACUCCUCCAGGUUUCUCCCUGGAGUACAGUCAAGACUUCUAGGGAGAAUUGCUAGUGCGCUCCUCUGGUGCUUUCUGGGAUUGCAGUAAAGAAGUGAGUCCAUUUGUUUGAUUCCCUCAUCAGUGCUGCUGGGGUUAGUUUGAGGUGAGUAAAUUACCAAAGAAGAGUUGAUAGUAGGUUCAUGUUCCUAGUCUCAAAUGUUCAUUCUCCUCACAGAUGCAUUUUUAAGAACAUUGCAAGAGUGCCCAGUGAUCUUGCUGGACUUAGUCUGUUCACAAAAGUUAUACUCAUAUUGUGGGUGACUCUUGUGACUGUCUUCAUGAGAGAAACUCCUGAAUUGCAUUAAGGGGUUUAUAUUUGCUGCCUCCAUUUUAGGUCUUUGGCGGCUUUUUGUAUCUUAAGGAUUAAGAUACUUGGGGAUCAUUCUCUUCCAGAAUUUCAUCCUGUUCCUUCACCUGAGCACUUGCUUUGUCUAUAGCUUGCAGCUGAAAAAUUAGCAGAUUAAAUUUAUGAUCUAGCUAUGUCGAGUGGUGCUUUGCUGUCUUAAUUUGUGCCACUCAGCUGAGAGGCAUUUACAGGCCUUUUGAACUGCUGUGCCCUCACCUGAUGCAGGCAUGUGAAACAAAGCAGGCUUGCCUAGACCCUUCACGAGGUCACUUGUUUGCUUAGUUUGCAAGAAAGCAAGGGCAGGUGGGCUGUCAGUUACUGCAUGUGGGAAAGCAGCAGCAUCUUUCAGUAACCAGGUGAGAGGUCUGUUUUUAGUGGUCUGUUACCCUUAUUUUCAAUAAAUGCACUUUUCCAAGGUGUCUGAUAUGUUUUUACGUAGCUACUUUUGCAAUUGCUGCUAUGACUGAAUUACUGGACUGGGGUAUAGCUUGUUCCUAAGGAAGUCUGUUGCAGAGCUGUGUAUUAUGCUGGUGGAGUUGAUCCUCUGGCCAGCCCAUGCUGAGCCAGGAACUCUUGAGCUACCAGGCACAAAUUUUUUAGCCAAUUGAAAAUCCCUGUAUGCCCUGCUGGCCACCCACAGUCUGAGCCCAAGGUAUGACCUCAACUGAAAAUGCAUUUCUGAGUGUUAUGGUGCCCUCAGUAACUUACUUGAAAUACUCAAGCAGACACCCAAGGACAAGGGAGAGUGGAAGAGAGAACACAGCCACAUCUUGUGUGAGGUGCUCUCCUUUGUGCAUGAGCACUUUUUGUGGUGAGGAUGGGCAAGGAACACCAGAAAAACAUAAAAGGCAAACAGUGUUUGGUAUGGCUUUCGGGACUCCUGAAGAAUUUAAAAACUAAAGGGGAUAUGUAAAUGCCUAAUCAGAAACAUCUUUGAGAGAUUAAGUAUAUAUCCCUGACAUUCCUGUGUUAUUUUAGCAUCUCUGUUUUUAUUUUAAUAACUCUGUUUUUAUUACAAUAACUGUGUGUUAUUUUUCAAGGAUAAAAUUAGGAAGUAUCUUUUUGCUUGUGAUGUUGGGUUUUUUAAUGAAAGCCGUGUGGUACUUGGCUAAUUAAAAGAAUGCUCUUGCAAAAAGGAAUCUUCCCAUUUUCUAACAGCCUUUCCCACUAACACCCUGCUGGGAGCAGUAUGGUCUAAGAAAGUGCACACAGAUUUAAAAUGGAGUUGGCAGAGUUGGGAAAAUGUGGACUGUCUUGACUGUUUCUAUACCCAAAAACCUGCCAACACUAGAUUGUAUACAAAUUGUGGUUGCUGUACUGAAACUGAGAGGGUGUAUAAAAAACCCCUUGCAACAUACUGCAAUGUCUUCAGUCCAAGAUUCUUUUGAAUUGAUUCUUUUGCCUUCAGGACAAAAGAUUUAAGAGUCAAUACAGUGUUUUCUUAAGAACUGUUUUUCCAGAUUCCCUUACUAAAAGGGAAAAUUCAGGUGCUGAAUCUUACAAUCACAUUAAACUGAUACUUUUUAUUUGCCCAUUCACCUGGUCUCUUUUCAUUUUCAAGGCCUCCCACAGUCUCAGGGUAUAAAUCACUAUGACUCAUCCAAAUAGCACCAAAACGGACCAACCAGAGGUUAAUGUGCCUUCCUCUUCUGGUACCUUGAUCUUUAUAAAGUUAUCAAACUUGUCACUGUCUUAGGGCUGGGUACAUGCAUUGUCUUUUUCUAAGAUGUAUGUGUUGAAAUUGCAACAGGUUUGUACUGUUAUUUGUGACUUGUUCCAUUUGUGUUAGGUUGUGCUGUAGACAAAUCAAUGCGCUGGUUGGUCUUGGUAUCAGUCUUGCCAGUGACAUCUGUCAGUCCUUGCUUUUAUGUUCAUGUGUAGAUAAAUGCUGGAUCUUUCCCACUGCCUAUGGUGCAUAAGAUGCACAAAAUACACAAGGUGUUUUAAUAUGUGCAGUGAUCAUAACUUGUUGCCUGAAAGUAGGAUGUUCUACAGUGAACUGUUUUUAAUGCUUUUUUCCCAAACAUUUUUAAUAAGAUCCAAAGCCUUGAGGAAAAAAAAAUCAGGACUUCCUGAUACUUGAUGGCUUCUGUUCUGAAUCCAGGGUCUGAUGUUUGUUAACAACUACUCCAAAUCCACUCAUCUAACAGAGGCUUUCUCAGCUUGUUUCUGUCAUGAGCUGUAUCAGAAACAGCACUGAAUCCUGAACUGUCACAGAAGCUGUCAAGCAAAGUAGUAACAGCUCUCUUCAAAUAUUACAGUGCACAUUUUUAAAGUGUAAGAUAAACGUGUUCCAAGUUAUUGAUGCAACUUGCAAAUGGAACACUGCGAAGUUGCAGAUAGUAUGUGAAACCAGCCUAUCUGCACAUGGGGCUCAGUGUUCUGUUACCUUGCAAAUUGUUUCUCCUCUCUGAAAAGGUGUUUUUUGUUGUUGUUUUUUUCAACACAAAGACAUUACAUUUGGCUUAGUUUUCUAAAGAUAUAUGUGUUUACAAACCUCAAACUGACAUCUGGUAUUUGGCCUGAGUUUCUAACUCUUAUGAAUUUAGAAAAUACAGUACAAUUGAUACUUUAUGUCUCAUAGGAGCAUGGAAAGAGGAGCAUAUAUAUCUUCACUUGCUGUGGCCUUCCAUGGACAUGUCUAUGCAUAUUUAACUGAAUUACAGUAUUGCACUCUGUUGAUCCAUGAGGUUACCUUUGUAUUUAGAAUCAGCACAAUUAGUCAUCAGUGUAUUGACAUUAAUUCAUGGUCAUGGAGCUCUAAGGUCUGUGUGAUUUCCAUGCUAACAGUAUCUGUUCUCUCUGUACGACAGUGCAGACUUACUGUGGAGUUUUUUUUUCUUCAUGGUAAUUUCAGAGUUCCUUUAAAUUCAGUGAGGUGCUGUUUUCAAGACAGUCACUUUUCUGAGUAGAGCAAAUGGAUUUAACUACUUUUCUACCUUUAGCAUUUUCCUCUUCUCUCAUUUCUUCCUAGUUCACCUGUAGUGAUGAGUUCAAAGCUGUCUGCCUACUCUGAAAAUUAUCCAGUCAUAAUAAAAGAAAACCUGUAGCCCAGGGUGGCAAGAUCACUCUGUGUUUUUACUGUAAACUUCUGUGGCUGGAUGCCUGUCUUGCAAGUGGAGACUCCGCCCCUGCACAGUCUGCAGAAGCUGAAAACCUCUUGCACCCAUAUUGUUCGGAGGGUAUCAGCAGAUCAGGAAGUGGAGGUGCCCUGUGCCUUCAUCCUUCACUUCAGUUUGUUUAUCAAACUGAUCUGGAGUGGUUUAGCCAGAGAACUGGCAUCUUCAACUGCUACUCAAUGUCUUGAUGAAAGGUUUCAUUCAGGGCAAUACCAGGAGGGUGAGCUGCUGACUUGAUCCCAUAUAAAGGCUUCCUCCAGAGAUUUAUUUUUUGGGGAGUGGAAUUAUAAGAGUAGGGGUAUGAGCAAAACAAUAACCCUGUGCUCAAAAGAGAAGAGUUAUUCUGAUGUACUUUGGCCAGCAAGAAUGACAAAGGGGUGAGCUGGCAAUGGAAUGUUUGAAGGGUAGGCUUUAAGGGUUUGUGCCAUCAUGCCUUAGAUCACUGCAAAUUAGUUGCUCCCAGAGCUUUCAAAACUAGUGGUAAUCCUCCUUCAGAUGAGAUGUGAAGAUGGCAUGCAGAAAAACCAGUUUCCCCAGUGGUCACUCAGUCUUCCCCUCAAACAUUCAAGGUUACCAGUGCACUUGUCUCUGUUUUCAUGAGUGACUAUGAUUAAUGUGCUUCACGGCUGCCACCAACCCCCUCCACCUGCUUUGUGCAGGGAUGAUGGAGUGAAAGGGCCUUGUCUGCAUUGUCCUCCACUUGGCUGGCUGUUGACAAUGCAGGGAUGUAACAGGCCAGUUAUGAUUUACAGCUUCAGCUGGUUGCUCUAGGCUUCUCUCACAUUGCAGAUGUGAUAGUGGAGCUGUUACAGAAAGAGCUGGUUAAGUAACUUCCGGUGGGCUUUGCCCCUCUUGUUCAAAUUGCUGUCUCCAGUCUCAGUCUCUUGUCCCAGCCUCACUCACAUCAUGUCACACUGCUGCUUGGGACUUGAGCAAGUUCUUUCAGGGGUACUAGUUCAGGUACCAAGUUCUGCAAAGCCUGGGGGCACCUGUUAGAGCCCUACAACACUUGUGCUGGCUUAGGCAGUGGUUUGCUGAACUAGGAUCUUACUCAGAGUGUCCUUAUUCUUUUUACUCAGCUCUUGGUAUCUUCUUGGACUGCCAUAUCCCUUUCAGUCCAAAAAGGUUUGCUCCAAAGUCACUCCUGUUCCAUGGAAUUUAUUCCUGUACUGCUGGUUAUUGCAAUUCUGUGGCUUUUGUUUUUCUUAUUUUUGUUCUGGGGUUCACUGCAAAUGUACAAAACCAUAUUGACUUUCUCAACUCCUAAACAUAGUACAGGGGCCCGUCCUGAGGCAUCAGAAUUACUUGUCUACUCUCAAGGUGCACAGAAACAAGGAUCUCUUAGACAAACAAGGAAGAAACAGCUGCGUAUACACAAGUAGAAAGGUAUCUCUGAGUAGCUUAGGUGAGGGAGCAGCUUAUGAAUUUUAAAUAUAAAAGCAGUAAUUGAGGGGGAUUUUUGUUUCUUUUAAAAAAAUUGCUUUAACAGAAAGUUAGGUGGUAUUUUGUGCCAGUUGCUGGCUUAAGAAAGUAGCACGGUAAACUGAGAUUUUCUGUCCAUCAGUGCAAAAUGUGCCUCCCAACUAUAAUGCAAAGGCAGUCUCUGUUGCUCUCUUACUUGCAAUGGAAGAUUAUCUGAAGACUGAUUAAAUGUGUUUCUUGCUCUUAUAUGUAAUCACCCACACAACAGUCCUUGCUGGUCUUUCCCAAGCACUAUUCAACACUAUCCCUAUUUAAAAACAAAACAGAGACUGCAUUGAGUAGUGGAACCUAAUGCAUUUCCUUGGUUUCAGAGAGACCCUGGAGAUAAGAGUCCAGGUUCCAUGUGUUUUAAAUGUAACUUCAAACCAAUGCAGCUGUUCUCUCAGACCAGUGCAGCUUCCUACCUUUCCUUCCAUUUACAUGGGAAUUUAAAAAUAAACCAAGCAAUACAUGAGCCAGUUGAUGUCCUUGCAGGUGGAACAUGUUUGUUUUUUUUUUAAAUUUGAAGAUUGAGAUUUCUCUUGUGGAAAAACUUAUUCUGGAUGCAAAAGUGUGGAGCUCAGAUUACAGCUCUUCCCCCAGCAUGAUUAAAUGCAAUUAAGUAUUCUGGACUCUUUUGAAGAAGACUAUGUAAAAGCUGUGAAGGCAUAGACUGGAACUGAUAAUUUUAAAUUUUAGGUCAUGUGUGUGUUGCUUGACUACAUGGACAAUGUAACAGUGAUUUUUAUAGAUUGGUUUCCAUGUGUCAGUCACAAAUAAUUUGCUGUUUGGAGGAAAACUUCUAGUAGAUAUAUUUCCAGAUCAAAUUAUGAGCCUAUUUUCCCUCUUGCAUUAACCGGGUUACUGUGUUCACAUGCCAGAAAGAUAUUGCUCUUUGAAGAAGCAUGUUAGUGUAUGUGGCAAUGCCCCAUGCACUUUUUAAAUACCUAGACCUGUACAUUCUCAUCUGAGUAUCGUUAACCAUGCUGUAGUCUGACAAAUGAAUCUUUUAUUACUGCCCUGUUACAUAGAUACUUGUAAUUAACUGCGGUUUGUUUUUUUCCACUACUUGAAGUUGUGUGAUCUGAAAAUUGGUGAACAAAAAGUAUUUGUGCAUCUUACUAUGGGUAUCUCUAAAUAAAAUGUAUUUGUAUAGUG